AUGAGUAGACAAAAUGAUCACGAAGUGGUCGAAGUCAACGAUGACGAUACCGAAUCUCAAGACGUCGAAUUACUUGGUGUUUCCCAGAAUAUCCACAACAAUUGCGAAAGUGUUCAAACCAGUUUGAAUACUUUACGUGAACGUAUUGACCAAGUCCAAAGCCAACUUUUGUAUGACGUAGAUAACAUGGCAACUAAUAACUUCACAGAAUUAUUGUCCGAUUCUUCAUCAUAUUUUAUUGAUGAUAGGCCAAACAUCUUCUCCGAUUCGGAACUUUCCGACGACAGGUACGAUUUCGAUUUUUCCACGCGUUAUAAUCCAUUCAGCAUAUUCCCGAACUUCAUUCGACUCACCCAACCACUAACGUAUUCCCCAACAUACUUCAUUGACGGUCUACACAGCUUUGGUCCAGACUUUUCACCACUCCAACACGCCGAACCAGAGGUUCGCACCGUCGAACAGAUCCCCGACUGGAUGAAACAACCAAAGAAAGAGACAAAGCCAAAAGAAAAGGUCGAAAAAGAGGAACGCAAAGACAAAUCGAAUGGACUUAAAUGUGCGAUAUGUUGGGAUGUGUCCGACGAUGUCGUCACAACACAAUGUGGUCACAUCUUCUGUCGUGAGUGUAUGAUACACCUUUUUUCAAACAACGAAUCAGUUCAUUGUCCAUAUUGCAGAACACAACUUACCAAGAAAGAUGUCCACAGACUCUUCGUCAACGAGUAA